GAUCCUGCUUCGCGGCGCAACGGGUCCUGACAAUCUCACCGCUUACCGCUCACUUCCUUUCAGCUGGGCGGUGAUCACACUCCCGUUCCCUCCCCAAUCGCUUUUCGAAGCCCUACCGAUGGAUACCCCGCCGCAAUUGGCGGAGCGACGCCGCUCCCGGCGAACUUCUGCCUUGAAACCCCGCACCUACGAUGAGUCCGCCCUAGACGAUUUCUUCCAUGAACACCUGGACACCUCCCGGAAACGCAACCGGACCCUCAAAGCGCGGCAAAAGGAGACUAAGACGGAGGCCAUGAUCGCCCUCUCUCUAGGGUUCCCCAUCGACGCUCUCCUCGAAUCCGAAGUUUCUACCGGCGUCCUCUCCUCCCCCGACGAGCUGAACGACUACAUCGUCGUUCGCAACCACAUCCUCGCUCGCUGGCGCUCCAACGUCCGCUCUUGGCUCUUCAAGUCCCAGAUUCGUGAGACUGUUCACAGCGACUACGUUCACAUCAUCUCCGCCGCGUAUGAUUUUCUAUCCGAGCAUGGUUAUAUCAAUUUUGGCGUUUCGCAUGCCAUGCGCUCCAAUUUCCCAGAUGAACAUGAGUGCGGAUCCGUUCUCAUCGUCGGCGCUGGACUCGCUGGCCUUGCUGCAGCGCGGCAGCUGCUUAAUUUUGGCUUCAAGGUGUUAGUUCUCGAGGGCAGGGAUCGUCCGGGCGGAAGAGUUUAUAGUUCGAAAAUCGGGAAGAUUGGGAAUUUAGCUGUUGUUGAUCUGGGCGGUAGCGUGAUUACUGGAAUCCACGCGAAUCCACUUGGGGUCUUGGCGAGGCAGUUGGGAAUUCCGCUUCACAAGAUUAGAGAUAGAUGCCCUUUGUAUUGGCCAAAUGGUAGAGCUGUCGAUGACAAAUUGGAUGUGGAGGUGAAUUCUGUGUUUAAUAAGCUACUUGAGAAGGCUGCAGAGGCGAGGAAAGCACUCGGAGAAUCCGGUGAAGGAAUUUCACUUGGUUCUGCCAUUGAGAAGCUUCAGAAACUUUAUAGUGUUGCAAAGAGUGAAGAUGAGAGAGAACUGCUUGAUUGGCAUCUUGCAAAUUUGGAGUAUGCCAACGCUGGAUGCCUUUCAGAUCUAUCUCUAGCUUACUGGGAUCAAGACGAUCCCUUCGAGAUGGAUGGCGAUCACUGCUUCCUUGCUGGCGGAAAUUGGAGAUUGAUCAAUGCACUCUGUGAGGACGUACCGAUCCUUUAUAGGAAGACGGUUACAAGGAUCGAGCAUGGAGAUUCUCGUGUAGAGGUGAUGGUUGCUGGAGGCCAGGUGUUUCGUGCAGAUAUGGUGCUUUGCACCGUGCCGCUUGGUGUCCUUAAGAACGAUAGUAUCAAGUUUGAUCCUGAACUGCCAUCUCCAAAGCUCGGUGCCAUAAAGAGAUUGGGUUUUGGGCUGCUUAACAAAGUUGCAAUGCUGUUUCCAUAUGUUUUUUGGGGGGAGGAACUCGAUACAUUUGGUUGUUUGAACAAAGAUAGAGAAAAGCGUGGUGAAUUCUUUCUUUUUUACGGUUACCAUACUGUCUCAGGAGGUGCUCUACUUACUGCAUUGGUGGCAGGGAAGGCUGCGUUGAAUUUUGAAAACUCUGAUCCGGUUGCUUUGCUUCAUAAUGUUAUUGGUGUUCUUAGAGGUAUAUAUAGGCCAAAAGGUAUUGAGGUGCCUGAUCCUAUACAAACAAUUUGCACAAAAUGGGGCGGUGAUCCUUUUUCUCAUGGAUCUUACUCUCACAUUAGAGUUCACUCAUCUGGUCGAGACUAUGACAUUCUCGCCGAAAGUGUCGGAGGGAGCCUCUUUUUUGCUGGGGAAGCGACAAAUCGGCAUUAUCCGGCAACAAUGCACGGCGCUUUCUUGAGCGGUUUAAGAGAAGCUUCAAAAAUUCUUCAUACAUGGCAGAGCAGAAACUCUGUGAAAAAUGACCCCAAAAAGCCUUUGCCAAAGAGUUUGAGAUUCUGUAGUGAAAUACUUGCAGAUUUGUUUAGAGAGCCUGAUUUGGCAUUUGGAAACUUUUUGUUUGUCUUUGAUUCUUCCACAGCUGAUGACCCAAAAGUAAUGGGAAUAAUGAGGGUUGAAUUUGACAACAAUUUAAAUCAAGGGAAAGGAGAAAGUCUACAAUUACCAGAACAAUGCAAUCAGCACUUUCAUCUUUAUGUCAUCUUAUCGCGAGAACAAGCACUCCAGGUACGAAUUGCGAACGGAGAUGUUAGGAGUAGAUUGUCAUUAAUUUGCAAAAAUUUUGGUUUGAAUUUGAUGGGAUAUGAUUCUACAUGCUUGUUAUUCAGUUCCUUUAUCAUUGAAAUUUCUAAAGCUCGGAAAAUUCGGAAUAAGCUAUGUCGACUCGUGCAUCAUAUAACAAAUUAGUAAUAACAAAUAUUUGCUGUAUUGAAUUACAUUUUUUUAAAAAACAAAUUUUAUUGACUUACCAUGCUCCCUUGCAUGGUUUGUUCUCACUGGUGAAAGAUGUCCUCUGUAAUAUCUUGUUCUUUGGACUGAUCACCUUUGUAUAUGUUCACUAGCCUUAUAAAGCUUCA